AUGCCCUGGAGCCCAUUCGGCAAGACCGGAACCGGUAUGCUGCAGCUCGAUAUGUUGCCGUGGAGAGUCGGCGUGCCUCGUUCUGCGACUAGUGGUCUGGAAAAGUGGGAGGCUCCUGACCCUGCUGAGUGGGUUGCACGUGGUUACGCUGUUGUCAACAUCGACGCUCGCGGGUCGUUCAAAUCCGGCGGCGAUCUUCACGUGUACGGGACCCAAGAAGGCCGUGACGGCUACGACUGUAUCGAGUGGAUCGCACAGCAACCUUGGUGCAAUGAUAAGGUCGCCAUGGCCGGGAACUCGUGGCUUGCGACAACGCAAUGGUUCAUUGCCGCCGAACAACCUCCUCAUCUGACUUGCAUGGCACCUUGGGAAGGACUCGGAGACUACUACAGGGAAUCUAUCUGUCGCGGUGGCAUUCCUGACCACACUUUUUGGGACAUGUUGAUGGAGUGGGCUUGCGGACCUGGGAUGCGCGAGGACGUCGGCGCGAUGGUGGAUAAGUAUGGUACUUGGAACGACUACUGGGAAGACAAAAAGCCGAAGCUCCGCAACAUUACUAUUCCGAUGUAUGCUACUGCCAGCUUCUCGACCGGACUCCAUACCGAAGGAUCAGUCAGAGGAUUCCAGCUAUCUCGGUCAUCUGAGAAAUGGUUGCGUUGGACUGCAACCCAAGAAUGGCACGACAUUUACCAGCAAGAGAAUCUUGACGAUUUACAGCGAUUCUUCGACAAGUACAUGCUUGACGAAGACAAUGGCUGGGAGACUACGCCCCGGAUUCGAUACUCGCUGCUGGGCUACAAUCGUCCAAGCGUGGUCAACGAGCCGGCUGCUCAGUUCCCGCCAGCGAAGUUUAGGUACGAAACUUUGUUCCUAAAUGCGAUGAAUGGAGAUCUAGGACACCGAAGACCCUCGACUGAGGGCGUGGUUGUAUACCAAGCGGAUUCGCCUUCUGACGAUGGAUGCUCGUUCCUCCACACCUUCGAGGAGUACACUGAGCUGUGUGGUGUCUCGAACGCCAAAGUGUUCAUGUCAACAGUUGAGCAUGACGAUAUGGAUGUCUACGUCGUGCUACGCAAACUCGACAAGAACGGUAAAGCAGUAUGGCAUCAGAACAUCCCCAUGGAAGAGGGCACGUCCGUGGGCAUAUGGGUCGGUAUGAACGACAUUACAGCGGCUUGGCAUGCCGGUGGCAUGAGAUGGUUAAGUCAAUAG